UACAUAUAUAGGUUCUUGUUUUACUGUCAAUCUUUUUUUAAUUUAAACAAUCAAUUUUUGAUCAAUGCUUUAUUUUCUGAAACCUUUUGCAUAUUUAUUGGUUAUAAUUUUCUGUUUUUAUAAUAUUAAAUUUGCUCUAAUUAACUCUUUUUAGCACAUAAAAGGAAAACCAAACAAUUAAAUUUAGAUUUAGUUUGAUGCUAAACCUGAGUUUGAUUUGAACUUAACCAAUGAUGGAGUACCUUUUGUUUUGGUUGUUAUGUAAAAGCCCUAGGUUAAUAUCUUGGUUUGAGGCAAAAACCACUAAUUUAACUUGGUUUUGCUUUUAACCUAGCAAAAUUUUAAAAAUAUCCUGUUUCAACAAGAAUAAAUUCAUAUUCAAAACAAAAACAAAAGACUCACAGAGAAGACAUUUCUGCAAUUGUAACAAAGCCAAAGUUAACAUAGCAACAUACAAAUUGCUCCUUAAAAAAUGUCUAGGGCACUGUACAAUAUUCUCACUCCAUUAUAACCCUUGUCGGCAAGCUUAAUUUUCUUUCAACAACUUAUCAAGCUAGGUAGCCGAUAAAUCAUUCCCCAUUGAUAAAUUGAUAAAUGUUAACAACAUGUGGACCCAUAUGUUGACAACAUUAUACCAUUAGCCCUGAUGAUUUAAUUUUCGAAUUGGCUUUUUCUUUUGAAUAGUGAGGAUGAGUUUCUAAGAGUUGAAAAUCCAUUUUCAAGCUAGUGUUUGCUUUUUAAAUGGUUGCUGCAAAAUGUAAAGCCUUAUCUCCCAUUGAAUGCUGAAAAAUUGUAAAAAAGUAUUUUAAGCUCCCAAUGUGUUAGAUUGAUAUACUGAGUUGAGCCAGAUGCUUUUUCAAUAUGACUCAUGGUAGAUUGCUGCACUGGGGUGUUAGUGAUUCCAGGCUGAUUUCAGUGGUCCACACCUAUCAGCAAAAAUACAAAUAACAUAUGCAAACAUCAGUUAUGACUUUGUUACAGUUGUAAAUCUAUAAAAAAAGGGCAGGCCACUUACCAGAAUGACAGAAUUUGCAAAGGCAUAUCAUCAUCCCUGAAAUUUGUUCAUUUAUUUAUUGGAUUCUUAAGUGACCAGUUAAUUUUCAAGCUAAAUUAUAAUCUUGAAAAGUCAUACAGAUCAACAAUUGAGGGGGAACAAGAUACAAACAAUUGUUGUAACGGUUUUUUUGCAGUAAUAUGCGAGUGAAAAAGUGUCGAGGCAACCUGUUUCUGCUUGUUGAUUGUAGAAAGUGAUUUCGUUUUUACGUUGGUAUGCUAUCCUUUGUGUAAAUCAUUGAACGAUUCAUUGAUAUUCUUUAUCCUUCAAAAUUGACAAAGAUGUGUCGAAUGCUUGAAAAUGGCUGCCUACUUCCACCUGUUUUCGCGGCAGUAGUCUAUUACUGGGCAUUGAAAGUGGUUUUAUUCGAUAUAUCAAAGGCGUAAAACACCUGUUUAGUAAAUUGCAAUUGAAAGAUUAAUGGCACCUGUGCGAGUGAAUUCUGAAAGGAUGACAAACCGAUCUAAUUAGAGUACACGGGUAGCUUAAUUGCGUUUGUCAUAUACAAUGUUUUAGUCCAUGUUGAUUUAAUCGAUUCACAAUUUUGCUGUACAAGGCCUGUUUAGAUAUUCUCGGUUAGAUAAAUCAUUCAUGAGGCAAACAAUGCUUGGAUACGCUGUGUUAUCUGGAGUAUCAGUAAUUUGUACAUGGUUUGUUGUUGUUUGCUAGACAACAGGGUCAGAGGUCUAUCGGCUUAGUUAUCAGUUUGUUUGGAUUAGACUUCGUUAAGUAUGGUUAACAUAAAAACUGGAUGAUAAGCUUUAUUCGAAGCCAGGAUAUAUUGCAAAGAGGGAUUUCAAGAUGCAAUUUGAAGUAUCAAAGUUCUCAUUGAGAGCAAUUGUAAUCCAAAUCAAACGAAAUCUGUAAAGAGAAAGAAAAGUGGAAGCAGCAUUGAAGCAACUGUAUCGAAGUUUGCUAAAUGCCUUAGAGGCAAAAGAAAGAUGGGCUCUGGAUGCACAAAGCAUGCCGCCACGAAUGUUGUUGCCCCUCUGGAGGAAGCCUCGACAAUUUCAGUGGAAAGCACUGGACCCAAAGUGAAAAAGCUCACGCCAACUAUAAAGAAACCAAGUAAAGAAAUCCGACCUGCGUUAUCGGAAACAUACAGCAUUGAAUCUGUCGACCAAGUUCUUGGGAAAGAGAACUACGAGCAAGAAAGAACAGAUCCUGAGCUGUUACAGACAAUUACGAACAAAACUGGGGAUGAGAACACCGAAGAAACUAUUCGAAGUAAUAGUAAUAGGAGUUUGAAGUCUGUCAAGCAAAGCACAUCUAGAGACAGUUUAAAGCAUUACACAGGUCAAACGAACCUUUUAGACUGUAAGCAGGUGAGAAAUAGAAGUGUGAGUGACGAAGUCUUUGAUAAUGGACAAGUAGAAGAGAGCCGUGAAAAAGCAUCUAAAGAGAACAUGCAGCUGCCACCAGUGCCAAAGCGUUUAAAACGGCAGCCCACUAUAGAAAACACCUUGUGCUUUCAAGAGGAUGACCAGAUAAAUCAUUAUCAAAUACAAGAGGAAAUUGGUCGGGGCUCCUUCGCAACCGUCUAUAGAUGUCGUUCGUUAAAGAACCAGGUUGAAUACGCAAUAAAAGUCAUAUCGAAGAAAAGACUGAUCAGAAAGAAUGGUCUGAUGGCUCGCCACCCACGCAAAUCCAGAGCAAAUCCUUUGGAUGCUUUGCACAGGGAAAUCGCAAUUUUGAAGAAAGUUGAUCACCCCAAUGUUGUCAAGCUUGUCGAGGUUAUCGAUGACCCGGAAAUCGACAAUGUUUAUAUGAUUUUUGAGCUGAUGGAGAGGGGGCCUGCUCAAGAAAUUCCAACCAAACACCCGAUGAACGAAAGCAAGGCUCGUCGAUAUUUCAUUGAUAUGGUGUUGGGUCUAGAAUAUCUACAUCACACGAAGAUAAUUCACAGGGAUAUAAAGCCAACUAAUCUUUUGUUGGACGCUGAGGACCACAUCAAGAUUGCAGAUUUUGGAGUUUCAGAUAUUUUCGAAGGAGAGGAUGACAUGCUUAAUCGCUUUGCCGGGUCUCCUGCAUUUCAAUCACCCGAGGCAAUUGCAGGUGGUCGUGUAAAAUUCAGUGGCAAGGCUGCAGACAUUUGGGCAAUGGGUGUCACCUUAUUCUCAUUUGUGUAUGGCAAGUGUCCAUUCUACAACACAGAUAUGCUAAUGCUAUACGACAUGAUAAAUAACGAUCCGCUCAUCUUUCCAGAAGAGCCUGUUGUUGAUCCUCAGCUGCAAGAUUUGAUAUCGAGGCUAUUAGCGAAGGAUCCCAAAAAGAGAAUCAGAAUGCAAGAAAUAAAGGAGCAUCCUUGGGUGACCAAAGGUGGACGCGAAUCACUUCCAAAGACAAACGAAAACUGCGUUGUCAUUGAGGUCACUGAUGAAGAUGUUAAGAACAGUAUUACACUCAUCUCGAGGCUGUCCUCGCUGGUGCUUGUAAAAACAAUGCUGAAAAGAAGGACAUUCUCCAGCUCGAAGCAAUCAAGACGGUCGUCAACAAGGUCCAAUUCAACACCUGAUGUUAGUCAGUCGGAUCCAAACUUUCCUCUGCUGCAGACUCGAGUCUCAAAAUCGGCAACUUCCCUUAUGGCAAGCAAACUAAAGGCAUCUUCUGUUAGUCAAUAGGGUUUUGAGGAUGACUCAUUAUAUUGGAGAAAUUUUCCCCACUUAAAGAUUUCUGUAGAUACAGCGAAUGCUUAUACCUUUAAACAACGCCUCUUUCCUUUUUAAGAGAAGAUUUUGAUGGUAACUUUCUACUUGUCUAGAACGAAAUAGUCAGAGGAUUCUGAAUGAAAAUAGUGGUUUUUAAAUAAGUCGGUAGAAGUUUAAUAUAUUAGUUUUAAUAUUAAUAAAGUUUCGUAUGCUAUGGUAGAAUUUUGGUGAUUGUUUAGCAAUCUUUGCUAUUGCAAAAAACGAGAAUGCGGUUGUAUUGUAUUUAUCUUUUGAUUAAAGGAAUUUCGAAGCAGUAUCAUCACAUUCGACUUCAAGAAUGGGUUGUUACGUAGGUUAAGGUUGGGCUUUUUGAUUACCUUGCAUCCGAUUCAAAAUAUGAUUUACCCUGGGAAGAUCAGAUACAGUUCCCUAAAAACUUGAAGCUGUUUUCGUCAUUGCUACUUCUAUUUAAAACAAUGAACUUUUGAAAUGUGUUCAGAAUCCCAGAGAAAAUCAUUCCACUAUCAUGCUCAUUUCCAAUUGUUAUGUAGCACCUUAACAAGAAUCAUUGGUUAACAUCAUCACAUAAGUAAAAUUAUUAAAUCACACAGUAAAAUUCUAAAAUUUUUAGAAAGGGGACAUAUUUCCAUCAGUGUCCUUGCCUCUGUAGUCACCCUUGUCUAAGACAUGUCCCAGAAAAUAGGGCAUGAAGCAAAUAUGGUGUCAUCUUUGUCGGAUAUUGCUAUCAAGUUUAUUUUAGCAUCCACCCAAUUAUUUAAAUUCUGGAUGCUUUUUCUGGGAGUUUCUGUAAAAUAUUCUCGGGAGUGUUAGCGUGUAGAUAAGUAAUAAUGUAUAUUGAUGCUUUGUGUAUUUUUUUACGAAGGAUAUUGUCAGCUUUUGUUUAAAGAUACAAUUUUAUAUAAAAA